AGUCGUCAUAGCUACCAAGAAUAACAAACAUGGCGAAAAUUGUGAUUGCGGGAAAAGCAAACUGUCCAUACUAUGCUAAAUGCGAAUUAUUGGCUGAUAAAUUACAAGACUCAUUACCUAGUUUUAAAUUGCAUAAAAUAGUUAUUGCACCAGAUAAAUGGAAUAGUUGGAUUGAAUCAACAUGUUCUCAAAUGAAAUUUGAUUGGUCUCUCUCUAAAAAAGGACCAAUUGUCUGGAGGGAAUUAGUGGAUAGAGGUGGAAAAGGUUUACUAAUUGGAGGUACGAAUGAAUUUCAAGAGUAUGCCAGAGGAUAUUAUGAUUUAAAGAGUCAUAUUUUAAGCGACUUAUCUAGAAAGAUUGCGGAAGAAAAUUUAAAUACAAAAACUCAAGACGAUUUAGACGAAGCUUCCAGGCUAGCCGCCAUUCAACCUCUGGAAAUUUGCAUCUCAAAUGCGACUUCUGGUCUUGCUUACGGAAUCAUAUGUGCUUUAUGUUCGUCUAGGAUAUUUGGUAAGGAAGAAAUCGCAAUACGAUUAUUAGGUGGCGAUGAUCAAGAGGAUCAAUUAAAUGGUAUUGGAAUGGAAAUGCAAGAUUUAGCAAGUACCAAUUUAAGAAGAUACAGUAUUUUUCUCAACGAUAGGGCAAAAGCUUUUAAGGACGCUAAAAUCAUUAUACUAACUGACAACUUGGUAAAGGGAGACGAGGAAGAAGAGUUAGAUUAUAACAAACGUAUCAUGGACUACUAUACAGAACUAGGUGGUUAUUUGAACGAAAAUUCUCACGCAGAUGCUAAAGUUCUAGUCUCUGGGAAUGUUCCAAUAAACCUAGCUACAAGAACUUUAAUCUUAAAUUGUCCAAACUUGAACAAAGACAGAAUUGUCGGAGUUGCAAGAGUAAAAGAGAAUAGAGCUAAAUUCUAUCUUGCAGAGAAAUUAGGAGUGAAUACAGCCCAUAUAGCUGAUGUAGUUACUUGGGGUAACUUAAACGGUACUUGCUACAUUGAUACAACGAAAGCAAAGGUUUUCCGACACGAUGGUGCCAUCUGGGGACCAAACGAUUUCUUCCGUUCUGUCCCCGAACUUGUCCAUGAUGAUAAAUGGCUUGAAACUGAUUAUCAAACGUUAUGUUCUGAUAGAAAUCGAUUAGUUAAUGAUAAAUUAGGAAGGCAAGGAGAUCUGUCAGUUUCAGCAGCUCUAGUCGAUCUCCUAUGCGACUGGUGGAGGGGUUCGGCUGAUGGAAGGAUCUAUAGCGUUGCCGUUUGGAAUAAAGAUUCUGCAUAUAACCUACCAGAUGAUUUGGUAAUAACCUUGCCUUUGAUAUUUGAUCCUAAAGGAUUAUGGUCCAUUGUUAAGGACUUUAAUAUGGACGAAUUAAAGAGAACGAAAAUCCUUGACAUCUGCAAGGAGCUUAGAGAAGAAUUCGAUCCAACACCAAAACCUCGAACACCCGAAAUUCUUGAAGAAAAAUCUGAAGAAAUUGAAGAAGCGAAAGAAGACAAAGAAGAGAAAGAUGAAGAAGUGGAAGUAACUAAAGAAGAAAAGAAAGAAGAUGAAACAGAAGAAAAUCAGGCUAUAGUAGAAGAGGAAGAGCCAAAACAAGAAGUUGAAGAAGAGUUAGAAAAGGAAAAUAAACGACCAACAACAUCAGAGAAGCCAUCAUUAUCGAAAAUUGAAGAGGAAACUAACGGAGAAGAACCAUUGGACCCAACAAGAUAAAUGAUAUAUCGAAAAAGUAUUGUAAACAUAUAUAAAACUAUCUUUCACAAUUUAUAAUUUUGAUUGUUAAAAUGGAAGGGAAGACGUUUGUAAAUACAUUAAUGGAUAUUUAUGAUAAUUACUUCUAAUAUUCUUUUCCCUCUUUCAU